CUUAUCUUCCCCAUGGCUCUUUUCAUGAGCAACGUAUCAGUUUAGAGAAUGCUAUAUUUUUGGCUUGGGCAACAAAUCGUACAUUAAUAGUUCCAUCAAUAAUAUUUGGUGAACUGUUGCCUAAUAAGCCAUUUAAAAAUCUAUCAGAAAUAUUGAUAAAUUUAAAGCAUUACGACGAUACCAAUAUUCAAAAGGAUCUUUACACUUUUGUAAAAUGGGAAUUUUUGAUGGAUAUGGAAUUUUCACAAAAGAACAUUCGAUCAAUUAACAGAGAAACUUAUAAUUUUACAAACCUUCUUUUAUUUCUAAAUAUCACUGAUCAAAAAAAUGAGUUUUAUAUGUUAGACGAUGAAGAAAUUUACAGUCAUCAGAUUUAUGAUGAUGUAAACGAGAAAUUUCCAUCUGAUAUGAGAUAUAAAAACAUGACUCAUUUAUGUUCUUUGCAACGAAGAAAUGAAACUUUAUUACAUUUUGGAUCGCUAUUUGGAACUAAUCGACUCAAUUUGAAGUUGAAUGAUAAUAAGGAAAUUUUGCAUAAUAUUAGAAAUAGUUUAAUGAUUAAUCAUCCAUUAUUACUUGAAAAGGGUGAAGAAAUCAGCAUACAAUUAGGCGGUUUGGCAAAUUACAUUGGGGUUCACUUCGAACAAAUGGAUGAUAUAAUGGGGAACAAAGAAGAAACGUUUAUUGAUGAUGUCAUUGAAAAAUUAAAGAAUCAGCUAGGUGUAAUGCCUCAAAAAACUAACAGUAAUACUCCAGAUCGAAUAGAACUGGCAUCAAGAGGUUUUCAACCAACUUUGACACAAAUGUUAGUUGAAGUAUGCAUACAAAAUAGCCCACCGGAGAAAAGACAUUAUCCAAUAAUUUAUCUUGCAACAAAUUUAACUAAAUCGGAUCCAAGACUGUCAAGAUUCUUUGAUGAAUUUCCUUGUGUAUUUAUGUUGUCUAAUUUCACAGAUUGGACCACGACAUUGAAAUUUAUUGUAAAUCCAAUUGACAAUGUUAGUUUGCAUGAAUUCCUUGUACCAUUGAUUGAUACUAUUGUUGUAGCGAAAGGUGGUGAAUUUUUCGGUAAAAAAGAAAGUUUAGCUAAUUUAUACAUAACACGUUCAUUAUCCAGGAUUCAAUCACAAAAUCCCAUUCCCAUAAACACAUUUUGGUCUCCUCAAGUUCGAUUCAAAGCUUAUGGCAGAGAAUAUCAACCAAGUAAUCUCAUAAGAAAACGGAGAAAUGGUUUUUUGGCUAGGUUAAGGCGCAAAUCAGGAAGAAGAAUUUUGGCUCGAAGACGUUUAAAGGGCAGAAA